AUUAUGGGAAAUAUAAAGAAUAUAAAUUGUUAAAACACAGAGAGUGAAAUAAAUAUCAAAUGAUCCUGCCAGAGUGAACAUAAAUUGAAUACAAUAACAAGAAAAACUCUGAAAAUCGCAGUGUGUACUCAUUUUACUUGGGGUAUAAAUACCGUCCCGUGCAUCACGUGAUCCUCUUUCGCUCUCCCUACGCCAACAUGGACGCCAGUCGUGUGCAGCCGAUCAAACUCGCAAGAGUAACCAAAGUGCUGGGAAGAACUGGUUCCCAGGGACAGUGUACCCAGGUGCGUGUUGAGUUCAUGGAUGACAGCAACCGCUCCAUCAUCCGCAACGUGAAGGGCCCAGUCAGAGAGGGCGAUGUGCUGACCCUGCUGGAGUCUGAGAGAGAAGCCAGGAGGCUGCGAUAGAAGUUCCUGAAAUGGAUUUCGAGGCAAUUUGUGCGGCGGAUAUGAGAUUUCCCAUGUCGACGUAACAUCAGAUCUGUACAGUUUGGGAAUAAAACUUUGGAAAGAAA